GGAUUCGGGUGCCACAACUGUCUGCCUUGGCACAAGCUGUUGCGAUACAUAAAUAUUCAACACCGACUGCCGGACUCAGUCAUGCUCCCUUUCGUUUCUAUGGUAGCCACAGUGGCUUGGUGUGGAUGGGUAAAAAGUGUCAACUCGUCUCACCAUGCUGCCGAUGCAACAGUACCGGGGGUCCUGUCUGCAGGCGAGCCAUGCAAGGGUCGAGUAAGACAAAUUUCAUUGGAAUUUCAGAGUGCGAUAGAUAAUGAUACACAUCAAAACGACGUAAGAUGACUUGAUAUCUGCUGGUUUCCACAGCUUACAAAGAUGCAUGGGUCAAGCGGUGGAGGGAACAAGAAUGCAAGAUGCUGUACGACGUCUUGGGGCUUCCGAGGCCGGUGAAUGCUCGCGAAUCACUCGUUUACAUCAGCAAACUGGCCUUGUAUAUUACUGACUACUGAUUGCCCUUUGAAGAUAUAGCCUGUCGUCGUCAGACAUGUGUCCGUAGAAAGGAGCCUUCCAGGACUGGUUUGGGAUACAAACUGCAAAGGCAACACAGCAACCAAUUUUUCCACAAUAAAGCGGGCCCCUGCUCUCGAAAAAAGGCAUUCGGAACGGGAGGGAACUGAGGCGGGAAUUUCAGAUUCGCCGAAUGUUUCUGUGAUUAAUUUCCACAGUGACAUCGGUGCAGGGUGCGCAAAAGCAACUGCAACAACCCAAGAUUGCAAAUAAUUUGGCGUAUGGGAGUGACAACCGCCAUCACCACAGUAACAAGCAGCAGCUAAAAACGGCAAAUACUAUGGCGCAUGAGAGUGAUAGCUGCCGUCGACAAAUUAACGAACCAUGAACAACAGGAGUGUGCAUGUGUGCGGCGAGAGGCACACUGAAGCUGCUGGACAACUCGCUUCAUCGUCCCUUCUCUCACCACAUCCACACUGUUGUCUUCCACCCAUUUCCCACCUGAAACGGCGUUCCGUAGGUCGUCACCAACAUUUGGCUGGAGGACAUAUCCUACAGGCUGAUGUCCAAGUCCAGUGGCUUCACUGUUUUGCUGCGGAGCUCCUCGGGCAUCUGUCGACAGAGAUGUAGGGUUUUCAGGACGCUGGUCAUCCACCUUCGUAAAAACUGUGUCGCCAACUUCUUGGUUGGAAUGUAAACUAUAGUUUCCAUGGAGCAGGUCCUGUUCUGUUCUUGAUACUUCAUCACCGAGUUCAACUCUGGAGGCUCGCGGUCGCGGAAUGACAGCAGCAGCCGCUGGAAGCGUGUUCCUAAGGACAGCUACUCGACUUAGGACCGGCGACGACGCUGAUAGUGAUUCAUGGACCGAGGAAGUUGAGGAAAUGAAAGGACCACGUGACAGGUCAGCGACAUCGUCCUGAUAGAGUCCGGGUGAACGUGAAAAAGUACCGGCUACUGGGGGAAAGGAAACCGUUUCUCCUCCGCCUCCCAGAACAAGAGGAGGAAGCACUUGCAGCAGUGCAUAGUUACUCGGGUCAUCCUGCCGAAAACCACCAGAUAGAGGACGUGGCGAGAGGGAUGCUACAGCUUGUGGAAAGUAGUUGUUGACACCAGCUGCAAGGACGCCUAGGUGUGGUCGGAGUAAAUCACUCGCAGCAACGCCUGCAGUUUCAAUGACCUUUCCUAGCAUAUGAGAUGCUCCAAGUUGUCUGUGUUCGGGUUCUGGUUCGGUAGAAAAUGCGCCGACGAUAGGCCACCCACAAAAAGAUGAAGAGCAGCCGGUGCUGGCGAAGUCCGAGAAAUGUCCGGUCAGAGGCGCCUGACCACCCGAAGGAACCGAGGCCUCAUCCGCUGUAAAACGAUAGGGAAACCUGUGUCCGCCCAGCUCCGGCAAAUUCGGUGCUGUCGCACAUGAUGCUGGUGUCACCAUAAACCCCAAAGAAACUACCACGACACACACUCGUCGUAGCACACGAACUGAUUCCUUUUCGGGGUGGGAGUGAACUGUCAUUUCGGAAUCGGAAUCCAUGCGA